CGUGGGACACCUUUUUUCUUUGGGAAAGCGGUGGGGAGAGACAAUGAAGCCAUACUUUCCUGAUUCUUCGCUGAAUGAGUUGCUGCUAUGUCACCAUUGGAUAGAGCCAAGACGCUCCAUGGGUCAUCAUUAUAGAAGACGUUGAGCUUCCGAACACGAGCGUGGGACGUACUCAAUUUCCGAAUUUGGGAUCCUGUUCUAUUCUAUCGAGACUUGGUCUCAUUUUGAUAUUCAUAACUAAGCUGUCAUUCCGCGACCAUGUCAUCCUCAAGAGGUCGUGGCCCAAACCAGAGGAGCCCUCAUGUCCUGGUGACUGACUCCCGAGAUCAACAACCGUCCGCCCAACCCCGUCGUCGCCGCUCUCCGACUACCCGCUUCAUCACCGUCGAUAAUGUCCUCCAAUACGCCUCCGACGUACCAUCAAUGCAGCAACGGAAUCCGCCCGAUUCAACACGACAGCGACCGCGAUCCCGACUCGCAUCAGCAGCAGGUGGGUUAAUUGGGUCAAGCGCGGGACAUGGGGGUCGGAGUACCAGUAGCAGUGCCAAUGCAUCGAGCACGGCAGCCGCAAUUAGACGAUUAGCAGCGCAACCACAGCUCCCCCCUCGCACGACUAAAGUUAGCGAGAAACUCGUACUGCUCCCCGAGGAAGGAGUAGAGCCACAUCCUGAGGAGGAAGAGGAAGAGGGAGAACACGAAAUUGACGAUGAGACGGUCGACGAAGAAUUGGUGCAGCGGGUUGCGAGGGAGAAGAAUCUCGAUCCCGACUCUGUGAGGCACACGCUGAUAGUGCAGAAGAAGAGACUGCAUGGCGAUUUUGGCGUCGAUAAUGACCUGGCUCCGCUCUUGGCGGAGGAGGAGAGGCUGCGCCAACGGGUGACUGGACCGAAGAGGUCGAAGAGCUAUGCAGAGAGAUUGCCCAAGGCCCGUCGCGCAGAGAAACUGGCCCGUGUUACGGCUUACUGCACUGCGCAGGCUUAUAAGAUGAGUUCUAUCUCUUCGUUCGUCAGGGAUAGACACGGUGGCAGAACGAAACUAUACGAUGAUUGUCUGUAUACGGCCUACCAUCUGCCUUUGCUUCCGGGAAAUGACGGAUACAGAGUGCGGAGCAGUCCAGUCGUAAAGAAGCCUGGUGGCAAGUCAUUGUUGGAUGAGGAAAUAGAGCGCAAUGAGUUGCGAGAUUACCAUGACGAGUAUAUGGAGUCCAGCGAGCAUACCGUUUUCGACAGUCGGUCCCAUGCGGAUGAUCACGAGGAGCAUGCGCAAGAUAACCACCAUGGAGUCUCAGAUGUCCAUCACGACACCACGGGUGACGACCAUUUAUCCCCCAAUAGCGUCGAACCCACGAGCCUUCCAUACAAUGUUGCGGAGAUGUUCGUAUUCAGCUAUGGGGUAGUCGUAUUCUGGAACUUGUCUGCGAAGCAAGAAAAGGAUAUUCUUGCCGAUCUGGCAUUUGCAACGUCGUCUGCGACUGGCUCGCCCAUAACCCUAGCAACCUUGCCACUCCUAGAAGAGGACUUUGAGACCGAGGAGUUUCAUUUUGAGUACUCGACCGAGAUAUCUCGCCCGCGCGUUUAUAACGAUAUGAUCACCUUACGAAGCGGCGACCACAUGAUCAAGCUAGCCAUAAGUCAUGGCAUAGCCCAAAGCACGAAGCUCUGUUUCUUCGAAGAAGUAAUGGCCCGCCAGAUGGCCGAGGCCAAGGAUGUUCCCCGUCGUCUUGCCAUUAAUGGGACACUAGGCAUGAAGCGAGAAGAAGUAUUCCGCAUUUUAGGAAAACUAUUCAAGAGCCGAGUAGAGGUCAAUCUUUCUUCAAAUGUCCUCGACGUUCCCAACUUCUUCUGGGAAAGCGAACCAACCCUUUAUCCACUUUAUAUCGCUGUUCGAGAAUACCUUGAAAUCAAACCGCGAAUCCAAGUCCUCAAUGAACGAUGCCGCGUCUUCCUAGACCUGGCUGAGAUCCUCUCUGACUCCAUCGCUGAUAACAAAACAUCCCAUCAAACAUGGAUUAUCAUUGUCCUAAUUCUCAUUUCCAUUGUCGUCACCAUCUCCGAGGUCUUUCUCCGAUUUGCCCUCCUCUCUGCAGGGAAGGAGACAUCCGUUACCGGAUUCGGCGUUGGCUUGGUCGCCAGAGCUCUACGUGGUUCCUCCUCUUCCCAAGUUUGCAACUGCGCUUGUCCGGAUGUUAUGAACUCGGGUGCCAAUUUCUCAGGAUUAACCUAGGGUUAUCAUCCGUGGUGGAGAGAGAAGAUUUCGUCCACUUUCGCAUUCUAUUUCCACAACCAGUCGUCUACUUUAUUGGUUUCAAGGUGCUGGCGUUCAAACCUAGAACAAGUGCGUUUUUCGUGAAUGUAUGUUUCAUGGGAAGGGUGGAGUUUUUGGGUGUUCUCUGAUUCCAAAUAUGAAUUCCAGUCCGCAGCUAUACAAAGUGUAUAUAGCUGAAUAAUAAGAAACAAUCCACACAUAUACAAGACAGUCGGUCUAACUACACUACGGG